ACACAAGAGACCAAGUGACUGCUUGCUGGUCAGGAUUGCCCCAAGCUCUCGGAUCAUAAUAAUCGCACCCUUUGCUUGCAUCCACAGCUGCAUCGGCUAUCUGUCUAUUACUGCAACAAGAACCUCUCGUUUGUCGCCCCUGCUCGCCCCUGUACUUUUGGCACUGUUCCAGAUCGUGGGCAGAGCAGCACUUGAUCCCACGCCGCAGGCCAUACUCGACGUUACCGUUUUGGGUCAUACCACCGCUGCCAACUGUCAACGCUGGUGCGGACCGCUUGCCGCCCAGGUCUCCUCAUGUUUAUACUGCAAGAAUCGGCUUCAGUCUACCUCGGACCCAUUCCCGAGCGCCAAUGCAUGAGUACAUAUUCCGGCUGAGUUGACGCAAAUAAUUACACGGCUAUCUGAAAGGUUGCGUGUAACGUCUCGUCGUAUCCAUGGCGCAGACCCUCUCGUCGCCUUCGCAUUCUUACACCGGUUCUCAACCAAGGUCGAUUCCUCCUCGAAUCGAUUCUAAAGCAACUUCCCUUCCUUCGAUCCCUAUUCCCUCGUCUUCAGGGCCGGCCCGGAGCGGACACCUGAAUUUGGAUACCUUCUCGCCCGUGAAUCAGAAUGGGAGUUUUGAAUUUGAUAAAGUCUUGAAGACGGGAGAAGUAAACAAGCGGACACGAAAGACCAAGUCCUGGAAGCGAUGUCAUCUCGUUCUACGUCCCAAUUUACUCAAUAUCUACAAAGACGCCGAGGAGACUCGGCUUCACCACCAGAUCAAUCUAUCUGAAGUCACAGCCGUUGCCAAUCUCUUAGAUCCAAAAGGUCGGCGAGAUUACCUUUUUGGUAUAUUUACUCCUUCAAGAAACUAUCAUUUUCAGGGGUCAAACAAGGAGGAUGCACGACACUGGGUGGAUCUGCUCAGACAAGAAGCUCGCAUCGACGAAGAGGAGCGAGAGUACAUGCUCGCGAGCCCCACGGCAAAAUUUGGAUCACACAAUGGCAUUGAGAAAGCAAUGGCUGGUCGCAGGCCACAGCGACAGACAGAACGUUUCAUGUCAAGUUCACCGGAACCAUCAGACCACUACCUCAGCAAUCGCUCUCCCAAGGAAAAGGGCGAUCCACGAUCGGAACAAACACGUCCCUCUCAGAGUAUGGAUUUUUCCAUGAACGAACUCGGCUCUUGCUCGGAUUUUUCAGACGUCCCCGGUCAGACAGGAUUUGGAGGAUCAUCAUCAUCUCUCCCCCACUCGGAGGUGCGCGAUGCGUUGGAGGAGAACAAAACGCCGUCAGCUGCCGCUCAGGCGCCAGCGGAGAAAUCAGGAAAGGCUCGCAAAACGAGUGGAUUGGCUGCUAUGGACAUCAACCCAGAAGAUGAGCGUGUCAUCUGGCAUGGCUGGCUCUCCUGCCUGAAAUCGACUCAUGGAAUGCGUCAGUGGAAGCGGCUAUGGGUCGUUUUGCGUUCCAAGAACGUCGCCUUCUAUAAAGAUGAGCAGGAGUAUUCUGCUCGAUUGAUCCUUCCUUUGGAUUCUAUCCUGAAUGUGGUCGAGAUCGACCCCAUAUCUAAAAAGAAGGAGUUUUGCAUGCAGAUUAUUGCCGAGUCUAAAACCUAUCGGCUCGCAGCUCCUACGGAAGAGGCGCUUGAGAAAUGUUUAGGCGCGUUUAAGAGUCUGCUUUCCAAAAGGAACAAGGACGGGCUCACUCAACCGAGGUCUGGCAAUGUCUCUUGAUCACUCUUCUCCUUUUUUUGUUUCACUUCACUUUGCGGGGUGGGCUUUCAGUGUAUGUGUCUCUCUGUGCAUGGAUUGCGUUGGUAAAGGCCCGUCACUUUUUUGAUACGAACUUUUUAAUUUUCACCUUUCAUUGGGUAGAGGAGUCCCCGUCGGUCGCGCAGCUGGUUGCGUGCUUCGGAGAAUAUAUAAUAUAAACGGCUCUUGUAAGGGUUGCAAUGCUUCCGAUUCUUCCUUGGGGGCUUAAACAGGCGU